CCAGCUCCGAGAUCUGUGCGGUGUGGAAUACAUGGCAUUUCCUGUCAGUGUAAAUAGACAGUUGACUGACAUGGCUUCACUACACUUCACGCCUGCGUUUAAGUAAACAAAAGGACAUCUAACGAAGCUUUCUCCAUGAAAGAACCGUUAUUCGCUGCAAAUGCAUGUGGCGGUGGGAUAACGUGCCGAUGUUAGCAAGCUAACAUGGACCUUGGAUCGAUGCUUUACAACAGUUUAAAAGAUGUAACGUGGAGCACGACGACACUGCCUUUGGAUAGACUUGUUAGUGCCUACAGACUACCACAGAUUGUAAAGUUGGACAGCGGGGAAUCAGUGGAAGGGCUGAGAGAAAAUGACUACCUCUUGAUUCAUUCAUGUCGCCAAUGGACCACAAUUACUGCUCAUAGCCUGGAAGAGGGCCAUUAUGUCAUCGGACCGAAAAUCGAGAUCCCCGUCCAUUAUGAGGGUCAGUUUAAGCUGCUGGAGAUGGACAGGGACAUUAAGGAGCCUGUGCAGUACUACAACAGUGUGGAGGAGGUGGCCAAGGCAUUUCCUGAGCGAGUUUAUGUCAUGGAGGAAAUCACAUUCAAUGUCAAGAUGGCAUCAGGAGAGUCCAACGAAGACACUGAAGUGUACAACAUUACACUGAGCACUGGGGAUGAAUUGACACUAAUGGGCCAGGCCGAGAUCCUUUAUGCAAAAUCGUCGCGAGAAAAAUCACGUUUCAACACCAUCUUCAAGCGCAUCGGUAAGCUUAACUCUAUAAGUAGGCUUGGGCGCGGAAAGAUGCCAUGCCUUAUCUGCAUGAACCACCGCACCAAUGAGAGCAUCAGCCUGCCUUUCCAGUGCCGAGGUCGCUUCAGUACCUGCUCGCCGCUGGAGCUACAAAUGCAAGAAGGAGAACACACUAUACGCACAAUCGUGGAAAAGACCAGGUUACCCGUGAAUGUCACGGUGCCCAGCAUCCCGCCACGAAAUCCGCAUGAUCUCCAUUUGAUCCGCGAAGGCCAUCGAUACAAGUUGGUCAACAUCCAGACUAAGACUGUUGUUGUGUGUUGUGCGUUACGAUCGAACAAAAUACUGCCAGUGCAUUUCCCCCUGCACGUGUCCACAGCUUUGCCACGUUUACUGGUGCCUGAAGGGCUACUUCAGGGAGAAGCUUGGCUAGAGACGGUUGUCCACCGCUGGUUUACCUAUUGUCAGGAGCAGUUUGAUAUUGAUGACUACUCCAGGGCAGUCCGCGAUGUACGGGUUGACUGGAUUGAGGACAGCAAGAGUCCAAAGAAAAACAGCACUGGGGGAACAGGAUGUGGGAGCACGAUCUGCAGCUCCGGUGGAGGCGGGAGCAAUGGCUGCUCGUCACAUGUACACUUGCCAAGUUCUCUAAGCUCAGCCCGAGAUGAGCUCACGCAGUCAUUCCACCGCCUGUCUGUCUGUGUCUACGGCAACAAUCUCCACGGCAACAGUGAGGUAAAUCUUCAGGGUUGCGUUAGUUUAUGUGGGGAUUGUGUGCCGCCAGAACCAGCGGAUGCAGAUUAUCUGUUCCCAGAGCUGCUAGACAGUUCCUCAGGUUCGCUUAAACCAGACGUGCCGUAUGAGGAGCUUUGGUUGGAUCACAUUAAGAAUCACGGACCCGUGCUAGAACACAAUGAGGGUUUGCGAGGAAACACUACUGUCUCAGGCUGCACGACUGCACUGCCAUACCCCACAGCAGGACCCACAAGCGCCCUCCUCAGCGGAGAUGUCAAACUACCUCCACCUCCGGUGCCUCCAAAGUCUGAAGCUGUGAAAGAGGAGUGCCGGUUGUUGAACGCUCCACCGAUUCCACCACGGAGCUCCAAACAGACAGGCUCGGGCAAUAUCACAGUGCCAUACCCUCCUGCAAAGCCACGGCAGACAGACACUCGCUCCCCAAGCCCAACACUAUCCUAUUACUCAUCUGGCCUACACAAAAUAGGUGCAGAGGGCGAGUCGCAGAAUGAGUCAGAUGAUCAGAACCAUGCAUGUUACCCAUGUACCUGGCUCAGACCAGAUGCCACCGAGGGCUCAAAGCCUCUCCCUUGCCUCAGUCCCUCCAUCGAUGCCUCUUUUUCCCGCCUUUCCUGGCCAAAUGAUUUCUGUGGGGCUGAUUCGUAUAAAGGCGAUGACUUCCCUUCAAUCCACUGUCGGAGUUACUCUAGUUAUCCGCGCAAGAGGACACCUGGUACUCCUAAGGCUUGUCCUUCAGGGCUCUUUGACUUUGAUAGGCGGGAGAAUUUUAUGGGGAGUGCUGCGACCUCCAAGGUCAAAAAAGUUUCCCAGCCUACCAAGUUUUGCACCAAAUCCACCAGCUACACUAUGGAAAUGUACAGAGACAAAUCCUCAGAGGAAUGUAACACUAAGCAGAGCCAGUCCUGCCCAAUUUUGCCACCAAGAACCCCAAAAUCGAACGAUACAAAGAAAGAUGCAGAGCCCGUCACUACAACCAUGCCCAAUGUUGAUGCUAUGGAACUUGAGUCCAAAAACUGCUUGCCAGAAAGAUCACAUCAAGGCACUACAGAUGUGUCCUCAGUCUCGUUUCCUGAAGCCACAGGGUCAUCAUGGCAGCCACCGAACAACCUAUCAGGUCUAUCCAUUGAAGAGGUUUCAAAGUCACUACGGUUCAUUAGUCUGUCAGAGGACGUUGUUUCUUUGUUUGUGCAAGAAAAAAUCGAUGGAAAUUUGCUCCUGCAGCUAACGGAGGAGAUUCUGUCGGAAGAUUUUAAGCUAAGCAAACUACAAGUAAAGAAACUUAUGCAGUUCAUUAAUGGCUGGAGGCCCAAAAUGUAAUGUUGAACAAGCCAAGUCAGUCAAGAGCAAAACAUGCAAUGUGCUGCAGUAGCAGCCUGAAAUAUUGGCCUUCUGUAUUGCAUUAAACCGUUUUGUAUCUAAAUGCUAUGCACAGUCUUGUAAUGAUUUUAAUAGCCAUUUUGUUUAAUAUAUGUAUAUAAAUAUAUAUAAAUGGAUUGCUUUGUGUAUUAACAUUUACCCAUCUCUAUGUAAUCUCUUUGUGACCUUACGGUACCUGCACAACAGACUUAUUUGCUUGAACCCAAAGCCUUUGAAAUCUGAAAAUAUUUUGACCCAAUCCAACUGUGGCCUAAGUUUCCUUGGUUGUUGAUCAAUAAAGUUGAUUGACCUGAUUAGAUAAUUUUUUUACUUAGACAAAGGAUAGUUGUUUUAUACUGUAAAGGGCACAUAUUAUGCAAAAUCCACUUUUACAAGCUGUUUGGACAUAAAUGUGUGUUGGUGGUGUGUGAACACAAUAACCCUACAAAAAAUUCACCCUCUCCUUUUCUUUAAUCCCCAUUAAACCAAAUGCAGUCUCGUUA